UUAUAAUAUCGCAAGUUUUAGUAAAACUUAAAAAGAAGUGAAUAUUCUGCUUAUUCUAUUUUUACAGAUGAUUCUACUUGACUUUUAAUUUUAUUAGAGAGGGUUUUAAUUAAAAACCAAUCUUUCCUAUUUUAAUCCAAAGAUAAAAUUUGCGAUUUUAUUAUUUCAAUUAGAAUUCCAAUAAUUAAUUAAGAGUAUCACGAAUUGUAUCAAUUAUCAAUUAUUGUUAUUAGCUAUCUUCUUCAUUCUUCUCCCUCAACCCUAGCUUCGCCGUCGCCGUUGCCGUCGCCGUCGCUAUCUCUCCUCCCAUCUCCGGCCAUUGGACCUAUCUCCGGCCAUUGGACCUCCAUUAAAGCAACAAAUUCCGUUUUCACGAUCUCGUCACUUGGUCUUUCAUCUGAGUCAUAGGAACACCAGCCUCUAGAACAAGAUCAAUUUUCCCCUGAACCAUUGUUCUCGGCAUCAUUGUGUUCCUAAUAAAUCAGCUUAAGAUGACUUCUCCGGACACUCUUGUAUUCAUGGAACUUGCAAUACAGCAGGCAAAGUUAGCUAUGGAGGCCCUUGAAGUACCUGUCGGCUGUGUAAUUGUUGAGGAUGACAAGGUUAUAGCCUCAGGAAGGAAUCGAACUACCGAGACACGAAAUGCUACAAGACAUGCAGAAAUGGAAGCUAUAGACCUGCUUCUAGAACAGUGGCAGAAAAACGGACUUUCGAUGACUGAAGUUGCUAAAAAAUUCUCAAACUGCAGUCUUUAUGUUACUUGUGAACCAUGCAUAAUGUGUGCAUCUGCUUUGUCAAAUUUAGGCAUAAAGGAAGUGUUUUAUGGCUGUUCAAAUGAUAAAUUUGGAGGUUGUGGAUCAAUACUAUCAUUGCAUUUAAGUGAUACCGUGUCACCUAAUAAGGGUUUCAAAUGUGCUGGAGGUAUAAUGGCAACAGAAGCUGUCCUUCUCUUUCGAACAUUCUACGAGCAAGGAAAUCCUAAAGCUCCAAAACCCCACAGGCCUCUAGCCCUUCCGGCAACAACUUGAAUUUGUAGGCAUUUUGUUUAUUUGCUGGAGUUGGUUUGAGCAGCCUCCUUCCUAUUUAUGAAUGGUUAGGUAUAAAUCCCAGAAAAGCCUUGUGUAAAUUAUUGUUUGCCACAACUAAUAAUGUGAUUUGUACUUCUUUUCCGUCGUCUUCUUUUCAGUAACUGUUGCCAACGGAUGCGCAGGCACAAGCCAUUGUUGGGUUGGGAAUCAUUUAAUUCAAUCAACCACGUGUUUUGUAACAAAACACGUGAUUGAUUGAAUUAAAUACUUUAAUUUUAAAAGAAUAUUUAUCGGUUAAGAUUCAAAUUAAUUUUAAGGACUUGAUGUGUUAGUAUAUGAUAUUGUGAGAUCAGUUUGUUAUUUAUAGUUUCUGUUAAUUAUGAGUUAUAGUUUGUAUA